AUGGAGAACUUGGACGAAGACACCAGCUACGGCGAAGACAGCGGCGGCGUGGGGAAGAGGAAUAGCGGCUUCGUUUCGACGAACGAUUCCAAAGUUGUAGAAGACGCGCGCAAGACCUGCGGAGUUUCAAACACAAUUCUCUUGCACGCGUUCUCUACAUUCCGGACACGUUUGUCAAAUCGAAGCGUCUUACCUGAGGCGGCGCGGGACGGCCGGCUGCAGCAGCGGCGGCGGCGUGGCGCCGCGGGCGUCGUCCCCCACCACGUCGAUGAGGCGGCCGCCCUCGUCGGCGGGCGCGCCGCACGGGGAGAGCGCGGGCGGCGGCGGCGUCGCGUCCACGGCGGCGGGCGGCCGCAGGAAGGCCAGGGGCGGCGGGGGCGGGGCGGCAGCGGUGUGGCGGGCGCACGGCCCGAAGAAGACCCCGACGACAUGGCGGCCACCGGGUGGCACCACGACACCAGCGUCUCGGGCGGGCUGCUGCUGCCGCUGCCGGCGGCGGCGCGGCGCUUAAAGGAAAUAUUGAAGCCAAUGGAAUUAGGACAAUUGGUUGAUCAUCAUUUGUGGUACUCGCCAUUGAGGAAUGACGAACAACUGGCAACCCAUUUAGUGGGCGUCGCGUCGCUGCCAAGCGGCGGCGGCGUCGCGCAGGCGCGGCACGCGGGCGUGGGGCUGCAGCCGAGCAGCUCGCACCCACCUGUAGCGGGCGGGGAGCCACGCGUCGCCUGUGGCCAGGCCGGGCGGCGGCGGCGGUGGUGGCGGCGACGGCGGCGCGGCGCGACGCCGUGCGGAGGCGGCGGCGGCGGCCGAGACUGA